AACAAUCUUUCUUAGGACGUUAUAUUUCUUGAUCAUCAUAAGGAAAUGAGUAUAGGGACAUUUUGGUGAUACAUAAUAUACCCCCUCCCCAUCACCACUCUCCCAAGCCAUCUUUUUUUCGUUUGUUUCCCUUUUAUGUUCAUGGUAACAAUGACAGUAGGCCUACAUGUUUGUGAUUGAGAAAAAAAACACAAACAAAAAACAAAACUACAACAAACUGUGUAUGAAUCUGGAGGUAUCUUGCUGUAGUUGCGACGGUUUUCUGCUUGGAAAAUGGUGUUACAAGAAAGGUGUUACCAUUCAAAGGGAACUGAGAAAUCCUAGGCCUAGGCCCAAGGACCUUACAACAAAUUCCUUGGAUAGUUGUAUUAUAACAUCCCUGCCUAGGCCAGAAAUUACUUUAGUCUCUGAAAGGGCAAGUUGGCAAAUGAUUUCAGGAAAUGACGUUUAAAUUGGAUAAUUGGGUCAUUGGCCUACUGACACAGAAAACAGUGUUGAGACGUUGCCCUGCCUCAAGAACUUUCAGUCACAUAGUACAAGCUGGAAAACAUUUUGCCUGAUUUGUUAACAGUUAGAACCAGGCGUACCUUACAACACACUGCUAGUUGAUAUCAUAUUAGGCUGUUUUUUAAACUAAAUCUGAUCAACAAUAUCUCCCUGACCUAUAUACAUAUUCAUUUCAUUAACUCUGACUGAAAACAAGGGUAGGGGGAGGAAGGGGAAAUUUUAGCUGUUACUUCAUUUGAACAACUAGUGUUACCGACACACAAUUGAUACCCACGCAAGCUCAAUAUAACUUUUUAUGUCCCUGACAGUGUUAAAUGAAGCUGUGAUAAAAUAAAAAGAAUUAGUACCAGCGGCUGCUGAAUUAUAUCGCGCACGGAUUUCAUUCUAAAAGCCACUUUGCAAACUUUCCACUAGUGAAGAGGGCAGUUCUAAAUAUAGAACACCUCGGUUUUCGCCGCGCUGUCUGAUGCUACAUGCCUGCGGUGGUGUGAGAACAGGGUGUGGGAAAAAGAAGGAAGCCGUGUGUUGUUGCGCAGGAUAGUGCGUCUGAUGACUUGGCACAAGAUGCGGGGAAAAGUGAAGUGAGACCAAGGGAAUAGGGAGGCAAAACAGUUGCCAAUAGCUUGAGCAAGACGCUGAAUCAACUUGGAAGACUGGUCACUUGGUUUCCUCAAGAAACUAGGAUCUGCAAAACAUUCUGUGAUAUUUAUUGUUGGCUGUUGUAGUGUUUUGGUCUCUACCUGUGCUAUUCUUUGCUGCUUGGAUAUUAUCACCACCUUCGUCUUUACUUGGAUAGUUGGACCAAAAGUUGCAAGGAUUAUCAACAUGGAUUUAUUAUUUUCUUAUCUUCUCAUCCUGGCAUUAGUUCAUG